GGAAGAGGGUGGGGAGAAAUUGGAAAAAGUUGAAAGCCCAAUCUUGAAGUUGAAGCUGACCCAUUUCUCAUCCUUUUUUUUCUUUUUUGUUGGGCUUCUCCAUUUUCUUACACAACUUCAUAGGUAAUUCAAUUCAAUUCAAUUCAAAUUCAUCCCCCAUCGAAUUACAAAUUUCACUCACCUCUGCACAACGAUUCUGCAACUUCGUUAUCUGUUGCAUUGGACGAAUCGGUCGUCGGUUUGCGCGAAAUGGCGAGCUAUCUAUGGAGGAAGUACGCCGAUUAUGUCUACACCAAGUGGGAAAGAACGAUUCUCUGGGACAUGGUCGAUCCGUAUAGGCGACCCAAAUCGUUUACGCCGUUGGUUUCCAUCUAUAUUGCAGCUUUUUACUCCGGGGUCGUCGGCGCCGCCAUCACUGAGCAACUCUACAAGGAGAAGUAUUGGGAAGAUCACCCUGGAGAAGCUGUACCUUUAAUGAAACCAAAGUUUUAUUAUGGACCCUGGAGGGUAAUGAGGGGAGAAGUACCCGCACACACAAAGUAAAGGUUCUCGCACUUCCCAUUCUCCUCCUCCAUGCCAAUAUUGGAUACAUUUUGUUGAAAGUUAGCGACCGAGUAUUUGCUGUUUGAGAAUCUGGUAUGACGAUCAAUAAUAUUACAUCUUGUGGUUCUCAUUGUUGAAUCUUAACAUCUAGUUCAUCACUCUUAUCUCAACAAGAAAAGCAUCUACUUCAUCCCCUUUGGUUUGUAACAGUAGCAAAAUAUAUGAGGGUUUUGUUUUA